UACAGCUGGGUACCCCCUCUGACAUAAUGCUACAAGAUUAGCAUAAUAGGUCCCUUCGUCGCCGUGGCUACUUAGACUAGUUUCCUGCUGUGUGGUACUUUUUUUACACAGACAACAACUGGAGCUUAAAACGUUAUCUAGUGGAAGGCUGUUAACAUAGUUUGCGGUUCCUAAAAAAGCAGCAAACUUCGCUUAGUUGCCACCUGGGCCAUCCAGCUCGAUAGCUUUUUAGCUAGCUAGCCCUGAUCGACGGCAUAAUAGACUGCCUGGGGUUUAUAUUUUGAUGAACGCGGUGUCGUCGUUGUGACAAGCUCUCAUUUCAGCUUCCAAGGACAGUAGAAUCGGUGCCUUUGGGGUUAAAUCAACGAUCAAUGGUGUGUUUUUUUAACAGAUGCUGUUAUAGUGAAAAGCCAUCUGAAUGGGGUGCUACAUCAUGGCAACAUGCAAACAAUCUACUUAGCAAGCUAGCGUCUUGCUCUAACUAAAAAUACACCCCUUGCCCUCUGUCCCUCCCUGCUAAAGCGGUGGGCUUGUCCCCUUAAUUUCCCACGUCUCCGGCUUUUAUGGUGACCUUGCUGGGCGUUUGGCACUCUACAUGGUCACUACGGUGGAAUCAAGGCGACAGGAAGAGCGUGUCAGACCCCGACGUGGUAAGCCGGGUUGGGCUGACUUUACGCCGCAUCGCAGCUGCCGGGUGGUUCCGUUGUCCCCAUGGCCUUGUACUUCCAUUAGUAGUCAUAUAACUAGCCCCGGUCCAGCCCUGGGGAUACUGGAGUGAGACUUAUCAAAGGUCAAGGAUAAACUCUUUUGUUUCUACUGUCAACUGUGAGAUCUGCGGGACACCUGUGUUAAAGUGGAUUAUCAUGACGGAGGAUAACAGUGCCGAUAACUUCAUCAAGGAAACAUCCAUUCUAGAUGAAUACAGCAUCAACUGGACCCAGAAGCUGGGAGCUGGCAUCAGUGGACCUGUCAGGGUUUGUGUGAAGAAAUCAUCUCAGGAACGCUUGGCCCUGAAGAUCCUCAUUGAUCGCCCAAAGGCCAGAAAUGAGGUGCGCCUCCAUAUGAUGUGUGCCAACCACCCAAACAUAGUGCAAAUCUUGGAGGUGUACGCCAACAGUGUCCAGUUCCCACAUGAGUCCAGCCCCAGAGCCCGGCUUCUGAUCGUCAUGGAGAUGAUGGAAGGCGGUGAACUGUUCCAUAGAAUCAGCCAGCACAGGCACUUCACUGAAAAGAUGGCCAGCCAGGUCACAAAGCAGAUCAGUCAAGCCUUGGAACACUGUCACUCCCUAAAUAUUGCACAUCGGGACCUGAAGCCAGAGAACCUGCUCUUCAAGGAUAACUCUUUGGAUGCUCCUGUGAAGCUGUGUGACUUCGGCUUUGCCAAAAUCGAUCAGGGGGACCUGAUGACCCCUCAGUUCACUCCCUACUACGUAGCACCUCAGGUACUUGAGGCUCAAAGAAGGCACCAGAAAGAAAAGUCUGGAAUCAUACCUACCUCACCCACUCCUUAUACCUACAACAAGAGCUGUGACUUGUGGUCGCUGGGCGUCAUCAUAUACGUGAUGCUAUGCGGCUAUCCUCCGUUCUACUCCAAGCAUCACAGUCGCACCAUUCCUAAGGACAUGCGGAAGAAGAUCAUGAUGGGCAGCUUUGACUUCCCUGAAGACGAGUGGAGUCAGAUCUCAGAGAUGGCAAAGGACAUUGUGCGCAAGCUGCUAAAGGUGAAGCCAGAGGAGAGGCUGACCAUUGAGGGAGUCUUGUCUCAUCCGUGGCUCAACUGCACUGAAGCCCUUGAUAACGUGCUGCCCUCUGCACAGAUGAUGAUGGACAAGGCGGUCGUCGCAGGAAUCCAGCAGGCCCACGCGGAGCAGUUGGCCAACAUGAGGAUACAGGACCUGAACGUCAGCCUGAAACCUCUCAACUCUGUCAACAACCCAAUCCUCAGGAAGCGGAAACUGCUUGGCUCUAAGCCCAGUGACGGUUUCUUCAUUCACGACCCAGAGAACGGAGGCGAGGACUCCAACGUAGCGCUGGAAAAACUACGAGAUGUCAUUGCACAGUGCAUCCUUCCACAGGCCGGCGAAAACGAGGACGAGAAGCUGAACGUGGUGAUGUACGAAGCCUGGAGGUUCAACAGGGACUGUAAACUGCUACGAGACGGCCUGCAGGGUCUCAGCUGGGACGGUCGAGCCUUCUCCGACAAAGUGGACCGUUUGAAAUUGGCUGAAAUUGUGAAACAGGCCAUCGAGGAGAGGACAAACCUGGAAGAGUCUCAUUAGCAAACGUCUUUCUAUUGUUGUUUUAUAUUAACUUUUUAUCCCCAAGCUUUUUUUUUAAGUGAAAUAAUUGCCCCUCCCCCCCCUCCGCCACACACACACAUGGAUUCAAUUGCAAGGCCUAUUGUACAGCUGUAGAUACACAUUUCCAAAAAAAAGACUCAUUGGUACUUGCAUCAACAAAAACAACACACAGACUAUAUUUUCAUUUUUCCAAAAAAAAGAAAGAUGACAAAAAAAUUAUUGUAAGAAAUUAUUUUCUUGGAGGGAAUUUUUAAUCACAGUCAUUUUAUCCCAAAUAUUUCAUUUUAUCCUUUUCUUCAUCUUUCCGAAGAGUUUUAUUUAUUUGAAGCAAAAUUUGCUUUAUUUAUACAGUUUUAUUUUUAGCCUGUGAGCAGGCUUAAAGAGAAGCAUUCUGCCUUUUUAUGCACUCUCUAAUGUCAUUUUCUUUUUCAACCUUUUGGUUGUGUGCUGAAAUGUGUCGCCCCCACAUUGCUUUAGUGUAAAGCCCGCUCUUCAAAGCUGGAUUUACAUCCGCGAACACCAAGCCUCUUCUUCCUCACAGCAAAUCGGCUUUGCUUUUUGACUACAAUCUUUACUUGAUCUUGAGCUUCCUUUUCUAAUGCUCUUUUAUGUCGUUGGAAAGCUGAUGUUUGUUUCCCUGCUACUGCUCCUUACAUGGACAUGGUCUUCGAUGCAUCAAAAGAUUCAUGUAGAUGACACACACACACACACACACACACACUGUCCAGCUCAUGUCGUAGUAACGAUUACGUUUGUCAGCAGCCUUAAUAACCUUCAAAACGCUUUCAUACAUGAAGUGGAUUUGUUUUUGCUACUUACUCAUAGUAGUCGUGUCUUCAUGUGGUCAUGUCCUUGUCAACAUCUCCAUGUCAGUGGGGUCAUAACCGUGGAGGUCAUGUCCAUGUCAGUAGAGACUGCAUGAUGGCGUAGCAUCACCUCCGCGGUUAGCCAUGGUGAUGUUUCCAUGGCGAUCGCCUGACUGCUUUUUGUCUACUUCUCGUUCACUGCGUCAUUAUUUGUACUUGUCGUUGAAUAUUUUAUUCACGUAUGCAAAUUGAUGAAGUCUUACCUUUUUAUGGGAGAAUUCCUUUGAAGACAUUUCCAUGUUUUUGUCUUUCUAAAGGUAAAUGUUUAGCGUCCCGCCUCACAUUUACUUGGGAAUAUUUUCACAUCGAGUCAGGUUGAAUUCAAACAUUCUCCGUCAUCCAAAGUGAGUUGACUGUUAAAAGACAAUUAUUGAGGCGCUUUUGUUUACGUCACUGAACCCAACUUCCUUCUGUAAACGGCCGACUUUUACUUUUUUUUCCUGUCAAAGAAAAAGGCCAUCUGUACUGACAUAAUUAAGAGGAAUGAUUUGGGGUGUUGUUAACAAAUGUGACCCACUUGAUGCCUCACAGCCGCCCCUUUAAAUCUCCAUGACAACCAUGCUGAUGUUUGAAAAAGGCCUUAUUGCACACAUAAACGUGCCUUGGUAACUUUUGCUCAUUGGUCAAGUUACAAGACUUGGGCUCAUUGUUUAAAAAGACAAACUAAAAUCAUUCCAUAAAGAGGGGGUUCAUUUUAUUUAGUUGUCCCGACUAUACAUCCCAUAAUGCUCCUCUCUGCAUGACCCUGAGGUCAGAUUUCACAGAUAGUAACUUCCACUUGUCUUAAAAGAUUGUAAACUAUGUUUGCGCUAAAGUUGACUGAUGACAGUACAAGGAGGUGGUGUUUGCUACAACAAAAUGCUUCCUUGACCAAAUAGUCAUCUGUCCUUCAUGAUUUGGUUUUUCUCUGCUGAUGUAGCAUGAAUACACAUCUCUUUCUGCCUUCUCCGGAAUGUCAUCAACAUGCUGACUUUAUAAUAAAAGACUUUUCAAGAACUGUCUUUUUUUCUUAAUAUUACAACUUAACUCU